UUAUAUUAUUAUAACCUUCAUUUUUAAUGGAAGAUGAUUGAAUGUGAAAACCUAAACCAAGAAGACAUAAUUAAAGAACUGUGUUUAUGCAAUGGUUUAUCUUAUGAGAUGAUUGGAGAAGAAGGAUCAGACACUUCAAAACUGGAAAUGUUUUUCUCAGGGUACCCUCGUAUACUCGGAUUAUCAUUAUUUCCUAAUUUAACAAGUCUCACAAUUGUUGCUCAAGAUAUAAAAGAAAUUUCAGGACUAGAAACUUGUUUACGGCUUAAAGAACUUUGGAUUGCCGAAUGCUACAUAGAGAAAAUUGAAGGUAUUCAAGAAUGUAGAAAUUUAGAAAAACUGUACUUAUAUUUUAAUAAAAUUUCUAAAAUAGAAAAUUUAGAGAAAUUAUCCAGAUUGGAGGUUCUUUGGCUGAACCACAAUGCAAUUAAAAAUAUUGAGGGUUUGCAAACUUUGAAGAAUUUAAGUGAUCUCAACCUUGCUGGAAAUCUAAUAAGCAGCAUUGGUCGAUGUCUUGAUCCCAAUGAACAACUAGAAAGAUUAAACCUUUCUGGUAACCAAAUAUGUUCUUUCAAGGACCUCACUAACUUAACCAGGCUGCGUCGCUUAAAGGAUUUAUGUCUCAAUGAUCCUCAGUAUAAAACCAAUCCAGUUUGUCUGCUGUGUAAUUAUUCCACACAUGUGUUAUAUCAUUUGCCUUGCCUUCAAAGACUUGACACGUUUGAUGUGUCAGCAAAGCAAAUCAAGGAACUGGCAGAUACCACAGCAAUGAAAAAAAUAAUGUAUUACAAUAUGCGUAUAAAAACUGUUCAGAGGCAUCUUAAUGAAGAUCUUGAAAAACUGAAUGAUCGAAAAUGUAAAUUACAGAAGUUGCCAGAAGAACGAAUAAAAUUAUUCAGCCUUUUGAAAAAAAAUUUGGAACGGGAACUGACUGAACUCAGAGGAUCUGGCAAAGGGCACAAUGAUAGAUCCAGUAACAAUAAAGUAACUGAGCUUGAAAAAUCAAAAAACUGUGAAACUCUCACAGAAGAACCAAGUCUUCAGCAGAAGAUAGUGACCAAACUAAAUGCCUUGAAUGAAAGGGUAACAUUCUGGAACAAAAAACUAGAUGAAAUUGAAGGAAUUUAUCGUAUUGAAGUAAAACAAAAGAAGAAAAAUCAUAGUUUAUUAAUCCCAUUUUUGUUAAUUGAGUUGGAGACUGUGGGAAACAUCUACUUUGAAGAAGGCACUCGAUCUGAUGACUGGUUUAAUUCCUGCUAUGAAUUAAUUCUAUCACGAUUUUGUACAUGGGACUUCAGAACGUAUGGUAUUACAGGAGUGAAAGUAAAACGUGUCAUCAAGGUUAACAACCGUAUUCUAAGACUAAAAUUUGAAGAGAAAUUCCAAAAGUUUUUGGACAAUGAAGAUAUGCAUGAUUCGGAGAGCUAUCGACAGAUGCUGGAAUGCCUUUUUUAUGUUUUUGAUCCUGAAGUUACAGUGAAGAAAAAGCAUCUGCUACAAAUACUUGAAAAAGGAUUCAAAGACAGUGAAACGAGCAAGCUGCCUCUCAGAAAAGAAGCUGUUAUUCUUGCUAACAGCCUAAGUAUAUGUGAGUGUCCCAGAAUUGAAUUUCUACAGCAAAAGUACAAGAAUGAGAAGAAAAACUCUCUUGAGCAUGAGCUCUUCAGACAUGGCAUCCUCCUGAUUACAAAGGUUUUCCUUGGCCAGAGUGUUCAGGCUCAUGAUCAGGACUCCAUCAGUCAAGCCAACUACCCAAUGAUUAAUUCAGUAUUCAUUCCUCGAAAAUAUUUACUAAAUUCUAUCAUGGGACAAAGAAACUGUGAUUGCAGCAUUCGGCAGUACAAGUGGUUUGUCUUUGAUCAUGACCUUGUUUUGCCUGAAUACAUCGUAGAAUUUGAGUAUAUUACAGUGGUCAAGGCUCACUCUUUAUUUUCUGCAUUCAACAAUGUUAUCCUAGAAGAGAGCAAAAAAAAUUCAGAAGGAUCAGUAUUGUCCCAGGAUUUGAAAUUUGAUGAUGAAGUUAUAAAAAUGGAUCCCAGGAUCAAGCCCAGACCAAAACUUACUCGCUUGGAUGAUAAAACAAUACUUUCCCUUGCCAAGACUAGCAUUUACAGUCAUAUUGUGAGUCUGAAUCUACAUGGAAACAGCUUGAGUAAAUUGAGAGAUCUCUCCAAGUUAACAGGACUUCGAAAACUUAAUAUCAGCUUUAAUGAAUUUACUUGUUUAGAUGAUAUAUACCACCUGGAUAACCUUGAAUAUUUGGAUGCAAGUCAUAACCAUGUGAUAACUCUUGAGGGAUUUAGAGGUCUGAUGAAACUUAAGCACUUAGACUUGAGCUGGAAUCAACUGAAAAAAUCUGGCGAUGAAAUAAAUAUGUUAUGCAAACACACCACAAGCCUUCUCACUCUGGAUAUUCGACAUAAUCCAUGGCAAAAGCCAGCCACAUUAAGACUGAGUGUUAUUGGCAGAUUAAAGACUCUUACUCAGUUAGAUGGAGUCCUUAUUUCUGAAGAAGAAGCAACAGCAGCUAAGAAGUUUAUUUCUGGGACAAAGAUUACUCAGUUAUCUCUCUUACGGCAUUCUAGUACUAAAGAGGAGAGAUCACGGAUUCUUAGUAUAUGGCCUUCUGCCAAAAUUCUGACACAGAUUUCAAAAUUAGGACCACAUGCACAUCUGAGUGGAAACUGGUACUUGAAGAUAACUGCCUUAAAUUUAGAUGGGCAACAUCUUUUUGAAAUCACAAAUUUAGAAAAAUUGGAAAAUUUGAAGUGGGCAUCAUUCAGCAACAAUAAUCUCACUAAAAUGGAAGGCUUGGAAUCUUGUGUUAACCUGGAAGAGCUCACAUUAGAUGGAAACUGCAUCUCAAAGAUAGAAGGCAUUUCCAAGCUGACUAAAUUAACCCGCCUCAGCAUAAAUAAUAAUCUCCUCACUGGUUUGGAAAAGCAUACUUUUGAUAACAUGCUUCAUCUUCAUUCCCUUUCUCUUGAGAACAACAAAAUCACUUCAUUGAGUGGUUUACAAAAAGCUUUUACACUGAUUGAAUUAUACAUAGGCAAUAACUAUAUUGCUCUCAAUCAGGAGAUCUACAAUUUAAAGGGUUUAUGCAACCUGGUCAUUCUAGACAUGUAUGGAAACAUUAUUGUAUGGAAUCAAGAAAACUACCGGUUGUUUGUAAUAUUUCAUCUUCCAGAACUGAAAGGUCUGGAUGGAAUCUCAAUUGAACCACCAGAGAUUGAGUGUGCAAAAGAUUUGUUUGGUGGCAGACUUACUUCUGACAUGAUUGCUGAACGACAAAGACAUUCAAACUUCACCCAAAUGCAAGAACUAAAUUGGACUUCAUCAUCCAUCAGAACUGUGGAUUUGAUUCCAGUUGACCAAUUUAGAAAUGUGUGUAAUGUGAAUCUACAGAACAAUAAUCUUACCUCAUUCAGUGGAUUAAUCUAUCUGCCUAACGUGAAGGUCUUAUGCCUCAACUAUAAUCAUAUUGAAUCAAUCAUGCCCCGACUAAAGCCUCAGACUCACUUGACCAAUAGACAACUACUCUACCAGAAAGUGCCUUCAAGUGGCUAUGGGCAGCAAGGAACUUCAAAAAUAAACAGAGAUACAAUGAGCAGUGAAAAUUUGCCUCCAAUAAUGCACAGUUUAGAAGUUCUUCAUUUGGGCUACAACGGAAUUUGUAAUCUCAUUCAGCUACAGCUUAACAGACUAAGAAAUUUAAAAUUCCUCUUUCUUCAGGGGAAUGAAAUCAGUCAAGUUGAAGGGCUUGACAACUUAGAAUUCCUUCAGCAAUUGGUAGUGGACCAUAACCGCAUCAGAGCCUUUAAUGAUAGUGCCUUUGCCAAACCAAGCUCUCUGUUGGCGCUUCACCUAGAGGAAAACAGACUACGAGAGCUGAGCAAAUUACAACCUUUGGUAAAACUAGAGAAACUCUUCCUAGGAUAUAAUAAAAUCCAGGAUAUGGCAGAACUGGAAAAACUUGAUGGUAUCUCUUCCCUCAGAGAACUUACAGUUUAUGGCAAUCCAAUUUGUAGAAAAAUGCUACAUCGCCACGUGCUUAUAUUUCGACUGCCUAACUUACAGAUGUUAGAUGGAAUCCCUGUGAAUUCAGAUGAUAGGGCAAAAGCUGAAUUUCACUUCUCUGAACCACAAGCAAAGAAAAAUUUGUUUAUUCCUGUUACCAACUCUCCUGUGGAUGGUGGAUCGUUUGGCCAAGUGAAAGCUCCUUCCAUAAAGAUAACAAAUGUAAUUCGGCCUGGUGGAUUUGGCCAUUACUUGGGAUCUGACUUCACUUUAACUCCUGAAGUUGAAGACAAAAAAGACAAGAAUGCAGGGAUUCUAACAAGUAAUCCUCAGAGCAUCCAUGCAGAAAUAGCUUUUCAGCAACUCAGAGGGAUAAAUCUCUCUCCAUCUCUUUUAUCACAUCAGAAUAUGGCAUCCCCAAGUGCAGAAAUAUACCAGAGCAACCAAGAUGAGGGAAGAAUUCCUGGCAGACACUUUCCAAGAUCAAAUCGAAUGUAACUGCCUAAAGAGAAAUGAAUAUAUACCAAGAAACCUAUUUCUGUUUAGUAGUUGUGCAAAAACUAGCAGCCAGUGUCGGUGAUAAAAAAUAUAAGACAAUCACAUUACUUAUGUUACUGAAGCACUUCAGUUCCAUAUGAAGAUAAUCUCUAUCACCCUUGGUGAAUUUUAUUUAAUAUCAUCUUUCUUAAACUUUCUUUAUGGUUAUCUUAAUUAUUCAUUUGAUUUUCUAUGUUAGAAAAAUCAUGAAAUAUAUCAUACAACAAUUGAAAAGAUACAAGUGACAUAAAACAAAGUUCAAAGAAUCAAAUGUUUAGUCCUGGGGUAUUGGAAGCAUUUAGUUGUAAAAUCUCAUUUUGGCUUCUCAUAUAAAGAUACUAAG